GCUUGUAUCAGCUUUCUGAUAAGGCUGACAUGUUUGAUAACGUUAGUUUGCCCAUUUGGAUUUCAUACUUAAGCGAUUCGUUAACUUUUAUCAAUGUGUGCAUUUUUAGGCCAGCAGACUGUUCACUUUCAUGUAGAAUUGCUUUUCGGCGCAAUUAAUGGAAACGAACGUGUCGUGUACUGUUUCACAUUUUCACCACCACCAGAUGCGAGACGUCAGCUUCCACCACAGAAUGUGGAGCCAGAGCGUCUACCACAGAAUGAGGAGCCAGAGCUUCCACCCCAGAAUGAGGAACCAAAGCUUCCACCACAGAAUGAGGAACCAGAGCUUCCGCCACAGAAUGAGGAACCAGAGCUUCCACCACAGAAUGAGGAAUCAGAGCUUCCACCGCAGAAUGAGGAAUCAGAGCUUCCACCGCAGAAUGAGGAACCAGAGUUUCCACCCCUGAAUGAGGAACCAGAGCUUCCACCACAGAAUGAGGAACCAGAGCUUCCACCACAGAAUGAGGAGCCAGAGGAGAGAGAAGGGUUGUUGGAGGCCAAGGACUUUGUUCUCAAAGAAGUGUAAUUCGAAUGCGUUUAAGGUGGCUCUAUACAGUUUCAUGAAAUGGUUAAAUGAACAUUUUGAACUGGGGAAUUAAUCGUCGAAAUAUUUAGCUAGAGGACAAAAGUUGUCCGGCAUCAUAUCUAGAGUCAAAACCUAUUCGGAACUUGUGCCUGGCAACUGUUUCUAUAACAAAAGAAAUGUUUUAAAAUCGCCGCCAAAAAAUCUGCAUUUCGCCGCAAUUUUGAGACAUUUCUGUUGCUAUAGGAACCGUUGGUUAGCGCAAAUUCUGAAUGGAUUUCUAGUGUAGAUAUGCUUCCUUUUAGUCAUCUAGAGAAAUGUUUAGACUCAGUAUUCUUGGUUAAAAUAUGUGCAUUUAACAAUUUCGAUCUGAGAUCAUGACGUCACAAGGCGCCUUGACAAAACAUGUUUCAGUAUAAAAACAAUAUCGCCGGAGUCAUUUGAAAUAAAGUAAAAUACAAUUCUGGUUUGUCAAGGAUCUGGCUUCUGAUUGGCUGAUUUUCUACGCAGAUUAGCUGGAUGGAUGUUACCUUAAUGAACUAAUUUUAUUCUCUCGAUGAGGAAUAUCAGUAUACGUACUCUUUGUUUUAUUUUUAACGUAUUAAAAUGUGUA